UGGUGCUCUAUGUGUAAGAAGACGCGCUCUUUUCCCGGGGACGCAAGCCUGGCGCAGCUUACAUUCUUAUUUAUUUAGCCACAAGGAGCGACUGCAAGAAGCAUAGAACAAAGGAAAGAAGAAGAAAGUCCAGUCAAAGGUUGAGGGUGAAAGGAAGUCGUGCAUGGAAGUCAACGCCAGAGGAUCUCCAAAGUGCAGUGGUACGAUCUGGUACAAGAAUGGACUGCCAAAUAGACACACAAGCUGUAGGGUGAAACUAACGUAACGCUGUUUAUGAAGGCAGCGGAAGCAGGGACGCCGUGCCGGAGAGGAAUACAAUUGAGGCCAUCGGCAGUAGCCAAUUACGCCGGUCCAGGAAGCCGGAGAGACCGGGAGAGUUGCAUGAGGGAGUGGAUGGAGUGGAUGGGUUGGUGGUUAUUUUGGGGGGCUUCACUCACACCAGCCAACCCACUACUAUUUACAACAAAGCCCCACACCACACUCAGCACUGUUGCGACUCUCGACUAAAGCGGCAACGGUCUAAGCGGACAUCGGACUACAUAUGGCUGCACAACCUCACGUGGCGACGCUAGGGAUGUUCAUCCUAGAUAGCUUCAAAUACGAGGAUGAUUAUUGUGCUACGCAGAAACCGUCGCUUGAUCCAGGAGAGUGGUACAUCGGUGGCGGUGGGACAUAUGCAACGAUUGGUGCAAGGAUAUGGCUAUCUCCCGAUCGGAUUGCGAUGAUUAUCCACCAGGGAAACGACUUUCCGGCGAAGAUUUCAGAGGAAUUGGGGAGCUACUCGCCCUGCUUAUUCACGAUGAUCAGUGAUCCGGCCCAUCCGAAGACGACCCGCGCCCUCAACACCUACACCAACGACCGCCGCGAGUUCGCAUAUCUUACUCCGAAACGACGGGUCCAACUAGCCGAGGUGUAUUCUGCCAAGUCUUGUCCGCCUGGGUUUUUACAUCUGAUAUGCUCCCCAGAACGACUGGUGGACCUUCUCGCAGAGCGCAAGAAGCGCUUCCCAGACUGGACGCCCGAGUGGAUUUGGGAACCCGUGCCCGAGGCCUGCAAGCCGGAGAACCUGUCCCAGUUACUCGAAUGUGCCGGCCAGGUUGCAGUCUUCAGUCCCAAUGAAUUGGAGGCUAGCGAACUGCUUGGACAUCCGAACCCACCAUGCUCAGCUGAGGAAAUCGAGGCGAUCGCCGAACACUUCCAUCAGGCCGGGUUCCAAGCCGUCGUCAUUCGAUCCGGAAAACGCGGAUCGUACGUCAUCGGGGCGCAUGGCCCUGAUCAUCCUGUCGCACGAUUCUGGGUCCCCGCUCUGAUUGAAGAUCAGCGCCUGGUGCUCGACCAGACUGGUGCCGGCAACUCAUUCUUAGGCGGUUUGAUGGCUGGCUUAGCACGUGGUGAAAGUUUGCUCGACGCCACCUGCUACGGAGCCGUCUCAUCCGGCUUGACGAUCACUCAACUCGGCUUGCCCAAGAUCACUCUCCGUCACGAUUCUGAGCCGGCCUCGGAGAUCUGGAACGGAGACCGAUCACCACCCCAACUCCUGGCUCAGAUCCGUCAGAGAGUUGUUGUCGUUCCUCCGAAGUGAGACUAGGAACAUAAGUCUUAUUUGAGGAGAGGCUUGUACCUGAAAAUGAGAAUAUUGAACACCUAAUGAUUCAGUCAAUAUAUUUGCACUCAUAAUCAUGAUUAUGGUAUGAAGAUGAAAUGUCAUGAGGAGUUCUUCUAUCCCUAAGGAUUGUGCUUAGCACAGUAGGCCUGGAUUAUGAAGAUGAGUAUAUGUAUAUC